GAAGUGAAAGAUUGAUGUAUCGUAGGUUUUCGUUUAUUGAUUUGGAAAAGUGAUAAAUGCGGAAAAUUGAAUAAAGUCAGGUGGAAACAUGCAUUAAAUAUUUCGAUAUUUAUCAACAGUAUAUCGAUUUAACACUAUGUGUUUACUUUGAACUAUGAGAUUCUCAAAAAACAUAUUUUUUGCUAAACCUUGACACUGAAAAUAAGUAGCCACCCGGAAAUUGUAACUUGGUGCCUUGGAAAGAAAUUAUUUGGAAAUUGCGGCAAUGUUUUUUUUUUAUAUAUGGACGUUGUUUAUUUGUGAACUACAAAUUUAUAUAAAUAAUAAUCAAUGAUACGCGAAUUCAAUGACAGUUCAGAAGAAGAUGACAUGGAAAGUCAGUAUCAAAUAGAUUCAGAAUGUUACGCUCUCACACAUGCGGACCGCGAUAUGCAUAAUCGAUGUUGUGGUGGUAAAGCUUGGUGUAUAAGGGAUAUAUGCGGCAUUAUUUGCGCAGUCCUAACAUGGUUAUUGAUACUAUACGCCGAGUUUGUUGUGAUGAUGGUUAUGCUUGUGCCCGGCCUAUCAACAUAUCCUCUAUAUGGAUAUGUCAACAUGUUCAUAUUCCAGAGUUUGGCUUUUCUCGCCUUUGCAUCCCAUCUUAGAACUAUGUUUACAGAUCCAGGUGCAGUCCCAAAAGGCAAUGCGACUAAAGAAAUGAUAAGACAGAUGAGUUUCCGUGAAGGGCAAGUUAUAUUCAAGUGUACCAAAUGCUGCAGUAUCAAGCCAGAGCGAGCGCAUCACUGCUCGGUUUGUCAACGCUGCAUUAGGAAGAUGGAUCAUCAUUGCCCCUGGGUGAAUAAUUGCGUCGGUGAAAAUAAUCAAAAAUACUUCGUUUUAUUUACGUUUUAUAUUGCGGCAAUAUCGAUUCACUCGCUGACUCUCUCCAUAUACCAGUUUGUAACGUGUAUUCGUCACGAGUGGCGGGACUGUAGUGCUUAUUCGCCGCCUGCCACCGUGGUGCUGCUGCUUUUCUUGAUCGCUGAAGCUCUACUUUUCGCCAUAUUUACUGCGGUGAUGCUAGGAACGCAGCUACAAGCCAUAUGGAACGAUGAAACGGGCAUAGAGCAACUGAAGAAGGAACAGGCUCGCUGGGUACGCAAAUCUCGAUGGAAGAGCAUACAAUCGGUGUUUGGACGUUUCUCCAUUCUUUGGUUUUCGCCUUUCACACAACCUUCGCCGAAGACAAAGGUCGAGAGCUACUUGUACAGUGUUUAACCAGGGUGAGAUGAUGUGUGAUUGUGACAUGGUUCACGGUUUAAGCAAUAUUAUUUGUUAAUUUCGGUUAUGCAUUCUAAUAUCAGUUACAACUUAUUAGUAUAUAAUUUGAUAUUUGUAGAUAUCAAAGUCUGUAAUGUAUGUAUGUUUGACUGAGGAUGAUUAAAAGAAUAGAAAAUUUAUAAAACGAAAUGUUUGCAUUUACUACUUUAAUUGUUACAAAUUAUGAUCACAAAUAUUGUUAUUUUUAUUGAAUAUAUUCUAAAACAUUAUCAAUAAGCUAAGAAAUAGAAAAGAAUGACAUAAUGAGUAUGUAGUAUUUCCAGUGACUAAAAGGGUAUAACAGUUUUACAUGACAUGUCUACAUAAAUUUACAUCAUAUAGCAUUAUGCAUGUGUCUCAUACAUAUUUACACUGUACAGUGGUCGCGAAAUCACGGAACGCGUAUUUCCGUUUCUCCUAUAUUGAUUUAAUGUUAUUGUGAAGUUAUGACUUUUAAUUCUACUGCUACUUCCUUGAUUUGUUGUUCUGUUUCCUAUGUAUUUUUAAAUUAUUAUAAUUUUUUUUCUAUAGCUACAACAAAUGGUAAUUAUUUAGGGCCUGAUAUAUCAGAGUGUUUGGACUUAGAUCUAUCUGUGAUGGAGUAAUUUAAAAAGGGAGUAUUUUGACAAAAAUAAAAUUAGUUUAAAAUCCUUUACUAAAAUGUUUAAUCGUGUUAGUAUGGUGUUUAUUUUGUGGCCUACUUGGUGGAAAGUGGUCACAUUAGUUAAUGAUUAAAGAUCUUCUUUGAAACAUCUUUGUUGAUGUUUGUAGAAAUAACCACUUAUCUGUAUUAUUAUAAAACAGAUUAGAUAUGAGUCACAGAGAGUGGGUGAGGUCAACUCGAAAUGGGAUAGGGAGUAAACAUAUGUAUGGGUAGUACUAUGAUUUUAUACUGUGACAAUCCUGUUAGCUUCACUUUAUAUUUCAUAUUUAAAUAUUGUAGAUCUCCCUAAACUACUAUAUUCCGAGUGAUAUUUAGUCCUGUAGCGAUACUUGUAACUAUAAUCUUGUACAUCGUGUAUAUUGUUCAUAUUAAGUUUACAGUAUGAUUUGUAUAACCAUAGCGGAGAAUAGUAUUUAUGAAUAAUAUAAUUUACAAAUAAUUAUUUUUCUUCCCAUGGAUUUUCUAGACAUUUAUAUACAUUUUAUAAUGAAGUAUAUCACAAUGAAAACUGCUAACACGUUUUCAGAAUUUGUAAAACUUAUACUAUAUAGAGAUCGGAAAUGUCACUGGUAAUGUUUAUCGAACAAUUACGUGGAUAUAUUAUAAAUUCGUAUAAGGAUUAAAUGAUGUAUGAUGACAGUUCAAAUCAUUAAAAUAGAAUAUUUUUAAGUGUUUACGAAUGUGAAGCUUAAUCUUCUAUGAAGUCGCUUUCUAAAUUAUGUAUAUUAUUAUGAAAUUAUAUUAUUACUAGGUAUGUAAUGUAAGGUCAAAAUUAGGACCAAUGACACGGUGGUAAGGAUCUCACUUCAUGUGAUUUUAAGAAGAUCGUGAUAGUAAUUUUAUCCUCCACUUUGAUCUAAAUGGAUGUCUCAAUUUGCAGGUGAUUGUAUGUCAUGGUGAUUUUUUAUUGUCAUAUUUGUUCUUCUAAAUAAUUUUAUAAAAGUUAUGGAUAGACAAUGUAGCCGAAACAGAAAUACUUAUUACUCUUUGAACCUAAAUUUUUUUUAUUUUUUGUAGAUUCAAUAAAAGUAGUAAUAAUUGAAGUUUGAUGAGAGUUCUGUAAUAUUAUUUUUUCAAAUUACCCAUAAAUCAAUAAUAAUUCUAUUCGAAUUAAGCUUUUAUACUUUUAUGACCAUCCAGGCUCCAUUAUUUCAUCUUGAUUCACAUCUGUCUAUCGACCCCUAAGGCAUAUAGCAAAAUCAAAUGACACAAACUCGAUGGGGUUGCAUUUAUUAUUACGAAGUCUACAGCCGCUUCCGUUCAUUAUGGGAUUAGCGCCAUGCUCUAUAUUACUGAAAUAUCAACGGGUUUAAUCGAAUGCCAGCAUGCGCUAAUAGUCAUUUACAAUUUUGGACUGGAAAGACAAGCGAUAAUGAAUGAAAUGGCGAAUAAACAAGAUAAUUUACUUUUAAUAAAAAGCAAAGGCUAUGUACUCAUUUUAUAGCAAGGGAAUGUAGACGUACUUGGAAAUGGAACGAUAACGGGUUGUUACAAUGACGAUAAUAAAUAGGAAAACAUUUUUCAGAACUGGCCUCGGUAACGUCUUGAAAAACCUGUAUGAUUAAGUGGUGGUUACUAUUACUACACAUUUUAAUUCUUCGUUAUUUCAUUUUAAUUUUUUAGUUAUUAUUACUUUGAUAGUUUUAAGUAAAGAAUGUGUACUUUUUCAAAUGUAAAAGUAAUUAUGGUAUAGAGAAGAAAUGUACGCGUUGGUUUCGUUAUUUAUUAUAUGUACUAGUAUAAUAAAUACAGCAGAGAGCAAUUUAUUUUUAAUAAUAAUGCCAUAAAUCUUUUGCCUAGCUUGUACGAAAAUAAAUAUUGAACAUAAUGCAUAUUAAAAUAUUAUGGCCACAGAUGAUUUAAAUGUGAGGAAUUGUAACUAGUUGUUGAAGAAUCUAUCAUCUUUACAAUAAAACGGUCAAUACUCUAUAUGAGAAAACGACUGAACAGAUUUCAAAAAAAAAAUUAUAAUCGACUAGGUACGCAGCUUAAAAUAGGUGUAUGUUUAUCAAAUUCGAUCAAGCAAAUCAUAAGAUAUAGCUUGACCCCUUCACUGUAUGAGGUGUGGAACGUAUAGCUCUUAGUUAACUUAAAGGUUGGUGGGAUGAUUGGUUUUACAAAAUAAAAAACCUUCUACAUGGUGUUGUAUGACGUGAUUAUAUUAAGUUCUUAUAAAUUAAGAUUGACUGCUAUGCGGAUGAAGUCACGAGUACAACUCGUCUUAAAUUGAAUAUGUAUUUCAGUCGGACUCGCAUGAAGUUGAAGUUAGAAAAUUAAGAUCCUUAGACAUUGUAACAGUAUCUGUUGUUUUAUUUACAUAAAAUAUAUGCAUUCCAUUGCUCGUCACAACACCGUGUGACUGUACAGUGUUGGAGGUAUACCAGGCACUAAUCACGGGGUUCUUUUUUUUACACCAUUGUCAAUAUAUAAUUUAAUAAAAAAUACAACUAUUAUAAUAAAAGUGAAUAAUAAUUAUCUAUGUGCCGCCAUGGCACUAUCACGACUAUAGGUACUGUUGAGAAUAGCCUAUUAAUAAAUAAAAACAUUGCAUUAAUACAAAAAAAAUGUAAUGUCUACUUUAUAUUUUUUGUUUUUAUUUGCCUUCUCACUAUUAUUAUUUGUAUUUUGUUCAUAGGCUAGUCAAAAAACCCGUAGUCAUCUAUUUCAUUACACACCCAGUAAAUCUGUUCCAUGGUUAAAUUUAUAAACUUUAAAAAAUAGUAUCCUAAAUGAUAAAUAUACACUUUAUUUAAGGUUAAAAAGCCUAAAGUGUCAUACCUUUAUGCGUACGAAACCAAACUAGAUGGGUUUUUAUGGCUUUUUAUUUUUUCAGAGAUUUCCGAGGAGUCUCAACUCUUAACAGUAACACAGUUAAAGAGUAACAACUUAAGUCUCAGUUACAUGAUAUCAUAAUUAAUUCUAAAUUAAUUUUGUUCAAUUUGAAAAGGGAUUCUAUUUUUAAUUAUGAUCAUGUUCAGUUUUUGUUAAACAAAUUCUUAAAUUAUUCGUUAUCAAUAUAUUAAAAAAACUUUAAUUAAUUUGAUGAUUUCACGAAAUAAAUUCUACAUGUCAAAAUGGUGUGCCUAGUGUAAUAGAAAUAAAAUGUCUGUAGUUGAUGCCUAUAAAAUCAAAGACAGGUAAAUCCAAGUCUGUCAAAUGUUCAGGAAACUACAAAAAUGAAUAUUUUGUCAUGGAUAUGAAACGAUAUUCUAUAUUUGAAACCAGAUAAUAAAAUAGAAUAUUAGUAAUAGUUUGAAUUUUAAUUAAUAGAACUUUUUAUUAAAAGAAAUAUUUGAGUACUGAAUGAAAAUGAAAUCAAUUUUAUGGCCCCAGUUGUAGUAAUCUUGCAGACAAAACUUUUGAUCUAAAAUUGUCGUCAUAUACUCGUAAAUACUAACAGAAUGUCACAAUAUUCUGUUAGUAUUUGCGAGAUACUAAACAAAAUUUAUUACUUUAUGUUAGUAAAUUGUGGUAACUUGAUAGUUUGGUAUCUAUUAAUUUCUCAUUACCAAUUUUAAAAUUAAAUUAUAAAUAAUAUAAAAAUAAAAUUAAAAGGUAAUAAUUUAUAAAAUUGAUUUUAUAAAAUCAUGAUUUAUCUGUAAUGCCUAAAUGCCCAUUUAGUAUUAAUUAGUAGCUUAUUUAGUAAUAUAAUCAUCAUACAACCUUAAUAUUGUGGUUUAUAUAAUGAGUUUUGUAUUAUUUUCUUAUCUCAUGAGUUUCAAAUGUUUAUAAAUGUACUUUAUGUUAAAGUUAUAGAUUAUUAUAAUUAGUUAUGUAGGUAAGGUGUUUGAAUACUUCAUUAAUGUUUGGCGAUUAAGAUGAAUACGGGUUUUUUUUUAUUUGCAAAAUGAUAUUAAUUACUGGGUUUCGUGUUUUUGAUUUUGUCUUGUUUUAAAUAUGUUUAGGUACAUAAUAUUUAAUGGUAUGAUACAAUAACAGGCCUAAAAGUUUUAUGAUAUUUAAAUGUAUUUUUUCUUUCAUAAAGUAAAUGGCAAACUUCUUGAGUCUUGAGUUAAAAGCAGUAUUGCAUUAUGCCCAUGCACACUUUCGUGCAAAAUAUUUUUUGGCAUAGUCAUGUGAAUACGUAAUAAUGUUGCUAAUAUUUUUUUAGUAAUAGUACUAAAAUUAAAAAGAAAUGCCUGAUAAAAUGUUUACACGUUUUUAUUUAAUUUUUUUUGUGUAUUAACGUAAGAAUUGGCAGAUUUGAUUGGUUUUGUUGGGUCUCUUUCAAAUUAAAAUUAAUGAAAUCGGUGAAUUCAAGAUGUUUGCCGAUUACUAUGCCGACAGUUAAAACACUGUACCUACUCAUAAGGAAUUAAGCAAAUUUCUAAAUUAAAUUAUGAAACAGUUACUUAUCAUGCAAACAAUAAUUGUUUUUUUUUUUUGUUUGAACAUAGAAUAUAAACUGUUUUCAAAUAUUUUUGUAUUAUUGCACUUUAAUAAUAAUAAAUAAAAUGAAGAGAAUGUGGAAAUUC